AUGAUUGGUGAACUCAGAGAAACUGGCAACGGUGGACUCCAAGAUGUCAUUGAGAGUCAACAGUGUUGCCGUGGACAUGUCUUUGGAGCACUGGCUGAGCGCAAGGAGGUUGGAGGCAGCAUGGAGGAGGGAGGAGGACUGGAAGGAGUUUGUGGUGCUGAGGGCGGUGACCAAUUUGGCGAGGAUCUGCGCAAACAAAACAGAAGGGCUAGAAAAUCUUUGGUUUUACAAGUUAGCUGA